GCACAGGUGUACAAUAGGGGGCAAGUCGAGGAGUCUCACGCCUAGGUGUGAGGAGAUUAUUCAAAUAGGGCAAGCGAAGAAGUAGGCUAGGGAUUGGAGGCUCGACUGGCGAACAGACCUAUAUCAUAGCGUUUACAGCCAGCUUUGAACGUCAUUUCAACUCCAGUCAUCACCAGACGCUUUUCAGCGCCCCUGGGCACGGCUGGCUGAAAGACAGACCACACAUGCGCCAGUCCUUGACAGAGCAUAGGCUACCAUCGACCCGAAUACCCCGUGGUCCCAAAUCACCGUCUGUUAGAGCGCGUUUUGCCAUUUCUUCUGCGGAGAAACGGUUUGAAAACUAUUCGGAACUUCCAUGAUGCUUGGAGCAGUUAAAAUGGAAGGACACGAACACACAGACUGGAGCACCUACUACGGAGAGCCCGAGUGUUACUCCUCGGUUGGCAACAUGAACACAGGCCUGGGCAUGAACUCAAUGAACACCUACAUGAGCAUGUCGGGCAUGAGCACCACGGCCAACAUGGCAGCCAACUCCAUGAACAUGUCAUACGUGAACACAGCCAUGAGCCCCUCCAUGGCCGGCAUGUCACCAGGCUCCGGAGCCAUGAACAGCAUGGGCGCGGGCAUGACAGCCAUGAGCGCUGCGCUCAGCCCCAACAUGAGCCCCAUGACCGCGCAGCCUCAGUCCAUGAACUCCCUAACCUCCUCCUACGCCAACAUGAACGCCAUGAGCCCCAUGUAUGGACAGUCCAGCAUCAACAGAUCUAGGGAUCCCAAGACAUACCGGAGGAGCUACACUCACGCCAAGCCCCCAUACUCUUACAUUUCCCUCAUCACUAUGGCUAUCCAACAGUCCCCCAGCAAGAUGCUAACGCUGGCUGAGAUCUAUCAGUGGAUCAUGGAUCUUUUCCCGUUCUACCGACAGAACCAGCAACGCUGGCAGAACUCAAUUCGUCACUCUCUAUCCUUCAAUGAUUGUUUCCUCAAAGUGCCUCGAUCCCCAGAUAAGCCCGGAAAGGGCUCGUUUUGGACCCUCCACCCGGAUUCGGGGAACAUGUUCGAGAACGGCUGCUAUCUGAGGAGGCAGAAACGGUUUAAGUGUGCCGGCCAAAAGAAGAUGUGCAAGGAGUCGGGUCGGAAGACAUCAGAAGGCGGCUCCAACAGCAGCUCGGAGAGUUGCAACGGCAACGAGUCCCCCCAUUCCAACCUGUCCCCCAACGACCACAAAAGGUCUCUGUCAGACAUGAAGUCGACCCAGGCUCUGAGUCCAGAGCACGCUACCUCACCGGUGUCCCAUUCCCAGGCACAUGGACACCUCAUGUCCCAGCACCACUCGGUCCUCGCACACGAAGCACACCUGAAACCCGAGCAUCACUACUCGUUCAACCACCCCUUUUCCAUCAACAACCUUAUGUCCUCGGAGCAACAGCAUCACAAAAUGGAUCUAAAGACUUACGAGCAGGUGAUGCACUAUUCCGGCUACGGUUCCCCCAUGGCCGGGGCGCUAUCCAUGGGUUCAAUGGGCAAAACGGGCUUAGAUUCCUCGUCAAUACCCGCUGAUGCAUCUUACUAUCAUGGCGUCUACUCCAGGCCUAUUAUGAACUCCUCAUAAACGUUGACCCCAAACCUCAAACAGACCUUUUUCAGCUAUUUGUAAAUUUGUAAAAUUAUAGUUUGUGCAUAUUAUGUAGGCCUAUUCCAUAUAUUUUUGACGUUUCCCACUGAUUUAGUUGUCAAGUUGGUUUAGUAAUUAUUUUGUAAAGGGAUGUUAAUAAUAAUGUGUCAAAAAUCUGUUUAAAAGUCUGCUUUGAGAAUGGACCAAAAGAUGAUUAGCCUACUGUAAAAUGCAUCUGAAUAGCGGGAAUUUUAAAUGAUUUUAAUGCAUUGUGGGAGACUGAAGUUCUUCAAUCAAUUGUGUAAUUUUUAUUUAUGCCUUGUAAAUGUGUAUUGUUGUAGUUGACAACAAGAACAGAAUCUAUAUUAAAGUGUUAUUUGGAUUUUCUUCUGAA